AAUAAUGACAUGAAGGUCUGCAGUAGCCUUUAUCUAACAGGGAACUUGUGUUGACCGUCUUUGCUAUGGACUGUGAAUGCAGCACCAACACUACGUCGGAUUAGCGCUUUGAACGUGUGACGUCACAGACGGGCUGGGUUUGCUAUUUCUGACAUAGAAAUACUAAUCUGAGGCACUUGGAGCAACAAUCGCUGCCGACGUCACCUUCAUCACAAAGUUGUGCUUGUUUAGAUUGUGUUCCUCAGCAGUGUGACAGGCUGGUGGGCUAUAGCCAGGAUGUCCUAUAUGAGCGCCGACAACAGCUGGUCACAGCCAUGGGACUUCAACAGCCUCAUUCGGACAUGCAGCUCCAACAUCCAGAAGAUCAGCCAAAACACUGGUCAGAUCAAAAAUCUCCUCUACCAACUGGACACGAGACAGGAAACCCCAGAGCUUCAGGAGAGACUCCAGCAGCUCCAACACUACACCAACCAGCUGGCUAAAGAAACCAACAGACACAUGAAGGAGCUGGGCUCACUGCCCCCACCAACAUCUCCAUCUGAACAGAGGCAGCAAAAGCUGCAGAGAGAGCGUCUGAUGAACGAUUUCUCUGCAGCACUUAACAACUUCCAGGUGGUGCAGCGGAGGGCAGCUGAGAAAGAGAAGGAGUCAGUGGCCAGAGCUCGAGCUGGAUCCAGAGUCAUGGGAGAUGGAGGCAAUGUGAAUGAACAGCUGGUCACAUUUGAAAAGGAAGAUGAGUGGGGUCAGAGCCAGACUCAGACUGGGGAGCCCAGCGUUACAGAGGAGGACCUGGAAAUCAUCAAGGAGAGAGAGACUAACAUCAAGCAGCUCGAGGCCAACAUUAUGGAUGUGAACCAGAUCUUCAAGGACCUGGCUGUGAUGAUCCAUGAUCAGGGAGAGAUGAUUGACAGCAUUGAGGCCAACGUGGAGAGUGCUGAGGUCCAUGUAGACAGAGGGGCCGUCCAGCUGCAGAAGGCCGCUUAUUACCAGAGGAAGUCCCGUAAGAGGAUGUGCAUGCUGGCCAUGGUGCUGUCACUGGUGCUGAUCAUCCUCAUCAUCAUCAUCUGGCAGGCCAUCAAAUAAGAGGAGAAGCACACCUACAGAUGACUUCCAGUGUGUGUGUGUGUGUGUGUGUGUGUUUGAGAGAGAGAGCUGUAUGUGUGCAUUAGUCUGACAAAGGAACCCUACUGUACAUUCCAACACAAAUUGACUAAAUGUUCCUGCUUCUUCUAACGUCAUUCAGUCAGUGUGUGUGUGACUGAAUGUGGAUGUAUUUAUUUGGGGUAAAUGUGUGGGAACAAGAGUGGGUGUUUAAAGUGUUGGGUUUUUUAAAGGCUAAUCUGCCAAUAUGUUGUGAUGUUAUCUGGGACAUUAAAACUCCACUGAAAGCAUGUGUGACUAUUGCUACUAAUAACACAAACUCAUGAAUGUCGGAUGAUGGCCUACACAUGCACAGAAUAUUUAUCUCAAGGGGGAAGAAUGCUCUAGUUUUCUAUGUGUGUGCGUGUAUGUGUGCACGCCUGCGUGAGUGAGAGGGCUGUAUGUGUGUAUUAGUGUGAGUAUGAUGUGAACCUUAAUUCCAGCACAAAUUAUCCUCCUUCUUCCUCCUUUAUUCAGUCUCUGUGUGUGACUGAGUGUGGAUGUAUUUAUUUGGGUGGGAACAAAAGAAAGAGUACAAUGUUUUCCAGUGUAACCAUUACCACUACUGUAGGAUUAUGUCCUAUCAAAUGCAAUCGUGCACAUCAUUAUAUACAGCAAUUACCCCCUGUCUGAGUGUCUUAGAAAAUUUUGAAAGAAAAAUGGACUGUUAGCAGCUGGAACAAUGUGUAUCGUCGCUGAACUGUCUACUUCACUGGAUGUGCCCAUCUUGAAGAGAAUUUAAUACAGUUCCACCUGAUGAAGUGC